UCACUCAACUCACUCUUUUCUUUGGUUAUCCCGUGAACAUGGCGGUCGGUAAAAAUAAAGGUCUGUCGAAAGGAGGCAAGAAAGGUGGCAAGAAGAAGGUUGUGGAUCCUUUCUCACGUAAGGAUUGGUACGAUGUGAAAGCCCCGAACAUGUUUACCACCCGUCAGGUGGGCAAAACUCUUGUGAAUCGUACCCAAGGUACGAAAAUUGCAUCGGAAGGUCUCAAGGGCCGCGUGUUCGAAGUGUCUUUGGCUGAUUUGCAGAACGAUAACGACGCCGAGAGAUCUUUCCGUAAGUUCCGUUUGAUCGCUGAAGAUGUCCAGGAACGUAAUGUCCUUACAAACUUCCAUGGCAUGGAUUUGACUACCGAUAAAUUGAGGUCAAUGGUCAAGAAAUGGCAAACCCUCAUCGAAGCCAACGUUGAUGUCAAAACCACCGACGGAUACUUGCUUCGUGUGUUCUGCAUUGGAUUCACCCUCAAGGACCCAAUGUCCCAAAGGAAGACAUGCUACGCUCAACAAUCACAGGUGCGCGCCAUCCGUAAGAAGAUGAGUGACAUCAUUAUCCGUGAUGUUAGUAGUUCAGACUUGAAGGAAGUUGUCAACAAAUUGUUGCCCGAUUCCAUUGCCAAGGACAUUGAAAAGAUGUGCCAGGGCAUCUAUCCACUCCAUGAUGUUUACAUUCGUAAAGUUAAGGUAUUGAAGAAGCCACGUUUCGAUUUGUCGAAAUUGUUGGAACUUCAUGGAGAUGGUGGCGGUAAGGGAACUGAAGGUGCCGUCUCAGAAGGUGCCGUUGUCGAUCGACCAGAAGGAUAUGAACCUCCAGUUCAAGAUACUGUGUAAAGGAGAUGAAGAGAACAACUUGAUUGUUGUUUUUGAUAUGAUAAAAUAAUAAACAACUAAAAAUUAAAA